CCCAACUGUUGACUUGUAGGUCAGUUUCGUCUGCUCUGAUAACUGGUUGGAUGUGAAGUCAAGUAAAGUUUUAUAGGGAAGCAACUGAGAACAUGGAAACCACAAGAAAUGUAUUGGAUUUUUUCCAAAAUAUUGUGGAAAAGGAACCUGAAGUUUCAGCAGCCGUUGCAGCAAUCCGCACAUUGAUGCAUAUCCUGGAAACCUUUGGCGACAGAACACUCCGUGGACUGUCUGAAGAACUAAGGAAAGCUACAGAAGAAAUGAAGAAAGCUGAUUGCUCUAUUACAUCAGUCCAAUCAGGCUGUGAGCUUUUUCAACGAUUUAUCACACUGACUGUUGCUCUUGAUCAAUCUAAUUUCAAAGAAUGCAAGGAUAUUAUGAAGAAACGUGGUGAAAUAUUUUUAAGGAAAUUACAAGAAGCAAGGCCUAAAAUAGCUAAACUGGGUGCUCCUUUUAUCCUUGAUGGACAAAAAAUUCUCACGCACUCCAAGUCUAGGGUGGUUCUUCAGACGUUACGUGAGGCUGCACUGACUUCAAAAAAACGUUUCCAUGUUUUCAUCACUGAGUCGUAUCCGGAUCGAAGUGGUGUGCUGAUGAGGGACGAACUGUUGAAACUUAACAUUAGCUCAACCCUUGUUUUAGAUUCGGCGAUGGGUUAUGUCAUGGAAUCAGUAGAUUUGGUUCUUGUUGGGGCUGAAGGGGUUGUAGAAAGUGGGGGAAUUAUAAACAAGGUGGGAACAUAUACCAUGGCACUCUGUGCUAAGGAGAUGCACAAGCCUUUCUACGUACUUGCUGAGAGUUUCAAAUUUGUUCGUCUCUACCCGUUGAACCAACGUGAUUUGCCUCAAGAAUUAAAGUUCUCGUCAAGUACCAUUAAGUCCAACUCCAAUCUUCUCGACCAGCAUCCCCAAGUUGACUACACACCUCCUGGAUACCUAACUUUACUUUUCACAGAUUUGGGAAUUCUCACUCCAUCAGCAGUCAGUGAUGAAUUAAUUAAACUGUAUCUCUGAUAAA